AUGUCGCUGCAACCCUCAAACUCAAAGGAUGCGCGCCGCCGACGUAGCAGUAGUCUUGUCUACAAGGAACCCCCGGAGUCGCUUGAGCAGCUGAGCGACCAGUCGGCACUGCCCAAUCUCAACGUCGAAUGGGUCAAUGCAAAGGGUGCAUGGGCUAUCCACUUUGUCCUCAUCUUCUUCGGCAAGAUCUUGUUUGAUAUCAUCCCAGGCAUGUCCCAGGAAGCAUCCUGGACCCUCGUCAAUCUCUCGUACGUGGCCGGCUCCUACCUCAUGUUCCACUAUGUCCGCGGUGUCCCCUUUGACUUCAACUCGGGUGCCUAUGACAACCUCAACAUGUGGGAGCAGAUCGACAACGGUGACCAGUAUACCCCGGCCAAGAAGUUCCUUCUCAGUGUCCCCAUUGUGUUGUUCCUUGUCAGCACCCACUAUACCAAUUACGGCUUGACAUAUUUCCUUAUCAACUGCUUUGCCACCAUAGCAGUAGUUAUCCCCAAGCUGCCUUCGCUCCACAGGAUACGAUUCGCUUUCUUCAACAACCCUCCCGACGACGCCUAG